CCCUCUCUCUCUCACCACUCACUCCACUCUCUCCCCUCUCUCUCUCACCACUCACUCCCCUCUCUCUCUCACCACUCACUCCCCUCUCUCAUCACUCACUCCCCCCUCUCACCUCACACUCCCCCUCUCACCACUCACCCCCCUCUCUCUCUCCCUCACACUCCCCUCUCUCUCUCACCACUCACUCCACUCUCUCCCCUCUCUCACCACUCCACUCUCACUCACCCUCCUCCCUCUCUCUUCUCACUCCCUCUCUCUCACCACUCACACUCCCCUCUCUCACCACUCACUCACCACUCACUCCUCUCUCUCACCACUCACUCCCCUCUCUCACCACUCACCCCCUCUCUAUCAUCACUCACUACCCCCUCUCACCUCACACUUCCCUCUCUCUCACCACUCACUUCCCUCUCUCAUCCCUCACACUCCCCUCUCUCACCACUCCCCUCUCACUCACCACUCACUCCCCUCCCUCUCUUAAUACUCCCUCUCUCUCACCCCUCACAUUCCCCUCUCUCACCACUUACUUCCCGCUGUCACCACUCACUCCUUUCUAACUCCCCACUCACUGUUGGUGAGUUUGCGAUAUCCCCAUCGUCACAAAUAUUAAUCGCCACAAACCAGUACUCAAAUGUCUCUGAGUCCUGCCCCCCCCCCCCCCCCUGAUCCGUGCAUUGUAUAUACGUAUAG